AUGCAAGACGAAAUGCUGCUUCCACACCCACCAACCUCCCAAACGGCCGCGACUUGGAUGCCUUCGGCCAGCAUUCAUCACUCUCUCUCCGGGCAGCUGUCUCCCGCCAGCGCCGCCGUGGACAUUCCCCAUUUAGAACCGUCUGGCGGCCCGACAAUGGUACACUCCGCAUCCUCGUCCUGCACCGAUUCCUGGAGCACCGGCCACGCCGAUACGUGUGAUGGAGACGACGCUGACAACGACAUUGUAUGGGAACAGGAUCCGGACGACAUUCUCGCCAUACCCAAACUUGAACCACUGGACGACGACUUCAAUCUGGACGAUGUCAAGGAGGCCCCAUUAGCUCAAACACAAGCUACCUUGGUAUCGGCCACAAACUCGCUGAAACAGAAGCGACCCCGAGGACGACCCCGCAAGCAUCCUGUAGCAUCGAUUAUCAAUCAAAGCAAGGUGACCAAGGGUCGAUCCAAGACAGGGUGCAUUACCUGUCGGAGACGAAAGAAGAAGUGUGACGAGGCGAAGCCGAGAUGUAUGAAUUGUGAGAAGAAUGCCGUCGUCUGCGAGGGCUAUCAUGAGAAGAAGCUCUGGAGAAGCGGCAAAGAAAAGGCGACCAUUGAUCACGUUGGGGACGAAGAGUCACUCGUUUUCACUAUGCAGCCUCUGUUCAACGGUGUCGACACGAUCGAGGACAAGAUCUUCUGGAGACACUACGGCGUCCAUCUCAGCAACGUCCUGACUGUCGAGGGGGAAGCCAAGAAUGCCUUUAAAGACAUCAUUCUGCCUUUGGCGAACCUUCACCAAGGCGUGAUGCACUCGAUCCUGGCCAUGAGCAGCAAACACAUUGAUUUUGAAACACCGUACGGCGCCAAGUUACUCGAGAGAAACCCGACAACUACCCUUGAGGCGCUACAGGCCCGGUCAGCGUACCAUGAGGAACAAGCGAUGAAGACUCUGUACGCCGACAUGAAUCGUUCGGCGGAAGAGGACAGCGAGGAUCGUGAAACAAUCUUGUCGGCCCGCUAUGCCCAGAUCCUUUGCCUCCUCGUCACCACCCUGAUUGAGGGUGAACCCCACGGCGCGCAUCGUGUGCACCUGAGUGGUUACAAGCAAUUGAUCCAAGAGACGCCUCCAGAGGAUCCCGUCUUUCUAGCCUUCAUCACCGAAUUCUUCCAGUACCACAUCUAUGCAGACGAAUUACUUUGGCAUCCCGCACCUAAUCGCCCACGCCUAGCCUCCGAAGACUGGAGCCCUCUGGUCCCGUUAGACUCGCCUCGUCUUCUGGGUGUUGCCGAUGGCCUGUUUCAAUACCUCUGCCACAUAACCACUAUCCGAAACGCCAUCCGGGAUAACAUUUACAGACGCGCCGAGACUGUCGUAACGUAUCACGUUCUGUAUCGAGCGCAAGAGAUUCAAGAGGCUAUUGAGCAAUGGAUGCCUCUUUGGCCGCCCGGCGAUAGUCGUCACAGAGUCGGGUUGGUUUACAAGCACAUGAUGUUCCUGCAUCUCUUCCGCACAAUCUACCCCCCUACUUCUCCAGAGAGACGGCCUUCUGUCUACUCCAUAGCUACAUCUGUCGCCACCUCAACAUCUUCGUCUUCCUCCCGCCGGCAUUCGCAAAUCUCUAGGCCGUCUACUGCUACGAGCUGCGCCUCGUCGCCCGGCCUGAGACCCAGCAUGGGUUCUGGAUUCCCUUCUUCAAUGCAGCUCAAACGGGAGCCAAACUCUCGAGGACCGUCCAGGACGAGCUCGAUGCACGAAUCCGAUGCCGGGUCCUCGAGCUGCGCUGUGAUUGAUGAGCAACGCCCAGCCUCUCCGCCGCCAGUUCGUCGCCCGCAGCAGCAUGAUAAUCGCAUCACUGCUGCGGUGGACGAGUCCUUAUCGAUUAUGGAGGGUUUCAAGCCAUCAGACCCAGCCCUCACCCUUUUGCUGAUGCCAAGUCUGGUUAUUGGUACUACGUGCUUUGACCCCACACAGCAAGAGCGACUUCGAGGCAUCAUCCGGUCCGUCCGGGGCUACACAGGUCUUCGCAACUGCGAUAGAGUCCUCGAGGUCCUUGAAGAAGUCUGGCAUCUUAUGGAGUGUGGUGAAUGGAUCUCUGUCUGGGACUGGCAGGGCGUUGCCAGACGCCUUGGGCUUGAUUUCUUGUGCACCUGA